CAUUGGAUGAGGUGGGCUGGACUGUGGGCACGUCUGUAGUUUUUUUUUCGCAAAAGGAAAAAAUGGCGCCCAGCUCGAAAUCGGAAAAAGAAGACAACGGCAAUAAACAAAAACAGCAGCGAAAACACAAAGACCACAUUGUUAAACUCCUCACUCGCGGAAAGUUGUCCGGCCAGCUGUCUCAGAGACUGUUUCGCAAGCUGCCGCCCCGGGUGUGUGUCCCCUUAAAGACUAUAGUGAGCGAGGAGUUCCUCCGGGCAGGUCACAUCUUCCUGGGCUUUACAAAGUGCGGGCGUUAUGUUUUGUCCUACACGAGCGAUUGUGGCGAAGACGACGAUUUCUCCUUCUACACCUACCAUCUGUACUGGUGGGAGUUCAACCUGCACAGUCGCCUCAAACAGGUGCACCAUGUGCGUUUGUUUGCGGGUGAAGACAUCUACAGUGAGCUGUACCUGACCGUCUGCGAGUGGCACAAUGAUCACUCAAAGAUCGUCAUUUUCGGCUUCAAUACUCGCAGCAGCACGGCUCUGAUGAACAUGAUGAUGAGUGACGAGAAUAACAGAGACAUUUACAUCACUAUCGCCUCCAUGCCUCCUGCACAACGGUGCCAACAAUGCUGCCCUCUGCCCACUACAUCAACGAUACGGACAGGAGGGGAGUGUCUGGAGCACGGCUACGUCCUGAACGCUCGUUAUCAGGUGGUUUAUCCGUUCCCCACCUUCCAGCCAGCUCUGCAGCUGAAGAAGGAUCAGGUCAUCCUCCUCAACACCAGCUACUCACUGGUGGCCUGCGCCAUCUCACUCUGCUCCGGCGGAGAGCAGCAGCAGGUGGACGGACAGAAUAAUCAAAUCCUGUACCGAAAAAGAGAGAUUCCUGCUUCCUCCUGUCAUCAUCCUCCCAGCCCGUCCACCUCCUCUACCUCUUCGUCCUCUUCUCACGGGUCACCUGACCGCAGACCGUCCAAUCCCCACGCCACGCCGCUCUCUCCUAGCCGAUCCCAGGCCGCCGUGCGAGCGCGCGAGUUCGCCGCUGAUAUUUUCCGGCGUGCGCAGGCAGGGACCGACGGAGACCGAGACGGCGAGCGGAGAAGGAAGGACGGCGAGGCCAGAGAGUCAAAAAUCUCACGCACGUCCGCCGCAGACUUGGAACGAAGGAGAGUAGAGGACGCGGACGGGCCGUCCACGUCACACGGGAAAGGAAACACCACGUCGUCCGCCGAGCCGGACGACGGCGUCUCCGGUAACACGGUCAUGUCCCCAGCGUCCGUGUCCUCUUUGUGCUCGCCUUCGCCGCCGUCAUCAUCGUCCACGUCAGAGCCCGGAUACGUGAACUACGCACGACUCAGAUACAGGCUGCAGCAGCCCGGGACGACUGAGCAGGACAGCGGAGAAGAGGAGGAUAAAGUCCAGCUGCCGUUCACCGUCUCGGACCUGAAGGGACGAAACCUGCAGCUGGUGACGGGACAGUACACGGGACCGUGUGUGUGUGUGGAGCAGCUGACCCUGGAUUUUGAGUAUCUGAUUAACGAGGUGAUCAGAAAUGAUGCAGAGUGGGCCUCGCAGUUCUGUUCCUUCAGCGACUAUGACGUCGUAAUCCUUGAGGUUUGCCCGGAGACAAAUAUAGUAGUGAUAAACAUCGGGCUUCUGCUGCUGGCCUUCUCCAACUGCGAGGAGGAGCACAGCAGGCCUAAGUCGUAUCAUUCCAGUCUGCAGGUCAGCUGGGAUCUGAACACGGGCGCCUGCUGCACCGUUGGUGUCGGUGACCUCACCGAGGUCAAAGGUCAAACCAGUGGGAGUGUGUGGAGUUCUUACAGGAAGUCGUGUGUAAACACGGUCAUGAGGUGGCUCGUCCCUGAGAGCAGCUCACGCUACAUCAACCGCAUGACCAAUGAAGCCCUGCACAAAGGUACCUCUCUUCAAGUACUCGCUGACAGCGACAGAGCCACGUGGAUCGUCCUGCAAUGAAGACACCAUAGCUCGCGCACACACAUCGGCAUAGCGGUUUUAUCUCUGUCCACACUUCGUAUUUAAAAAGAUGUGGAGCGAAAGCCUCGACUGUGUGUCCAGUGAGCCAAACGCGUUGCUGCUGCACUAAGAUCUUUCAGACUCUCCGCUGGAACGAACAAAGCGUCUCUAACUCGCCGUCUUUUAUACAUUUUGUUGUUGUUGUUGUUGUUAUCGUUGUUGUGUAUGUGAUCGAUCUGUUCGUGUGCACGGUUCAACAAAUUUAACCGCCUUUACCCGCCGUCAGUAUCGAUCAGGGAGAAGUUUCUUUCCCGAAUCCUCUGCCACGAGGUGUUUCGGGGUUUUUAUUUUCCUCUUCCUGUACAGAUCUAACACACUUGAUGUUCCCAACAUGGUGCUUUAACCCGGAUCGGUGUCUUUGGGUUUUGGUCAGAUUAUCCGCAAGUGACCGGUGACUGAUUUUAGCGGCUCGUCGGCCAAAUCUCAGGUUUACACGAUUCGAGCUUAACCAAUCACAAAGCUUUAGUCAGACACACUUCUAACUUUUGUAAAGUUGUUUUCCCCAUCUCUCUCUCUCUCUCUCUCUCUCACACACGCACAGGGGUCUUCUCUGCAUUUGUUAUUUAUCUAUGAACACAAUUUGUCGUCUAGUCUAGACCAGCAGUUCUGCUGUUAAACAACGUGGCUAAGUCCCCGGCUUUGUUGGUUUGCGCUGCGUCCAGCCGCGAAGACUCCAUCCGUUCCAGAUCUGCACCUUUUCUCGUUAUUCAUCGAUCCCUCAGACGAUCAAAAGUAGAUAAAACACUAACACACGCUUUAAAAAAUAACCAAGGACCACUAUUCCGAACAUCUUCCGAUUUGAUCUGUCUCGUAAGAACCGUACGCAUACCUGUAAACAUUCCGGUUUCAGGGUCGAGCGUGAGCGGCGUUUUCCGGGAACUUUCUCGUCCGUGAACUCGUGUAGGUGCUGCGUCGUGGACCUGCGCGUCAUACAGCAUCUCUUCGAGGAAAUAUCGCAACUUUUGCUCAUUCAAAACAUGCAAAAAGGCAGCAGAUAACAUUACAUCGAUCUGUGUUGGGUUCUUUCUGUUUGUUUUUUUAAAAUAUUUGUUUUUAUUUCCAGUUGUCAUGAUGCAUCUCUACAGAAUAUGAACAGUACUUGAUAUUGUCUUUACUUGAUUCAUUUUUUUAAAAAUAAAAACCUGUAAUUCAAAA